GUGUGAGGAAUAAAGAAGAGCGGAUUUAAGUCAACUUGAUUCAUACCCGAGGGCAUCAAAAUCUAAACCCUUCUAUAUUUACGCAGAGAAGCAUGAGCGCUCGUCUGUGGAGCGAAGAGCAGUUUAACUGCCCCAUCUGUCUGGAUGUACCCACCGACCCCACCACCAUCCCGUGCGGUCACAGUUACUGCGUGGCCUGCAUCGAGGAUUACUGGGACAACGAGGGAAGGAAAAACGGCACCUACAGCUGCCCGGAAUGUCGGCAGGACUUCAACCCCCGACCCGCUGUCUGCCGGAAUACCAUGCUGGCCGACGCCGUAGAGCAGCUCCGCCGGGGGACCCUCAGCACCUCCGGGCGCGAGUCCAUCAAAAGCGCCCGGCGGGCGGCAUCUUCUGCGUCCGAGCGGACUCGCGCGCGAAACGGCGGUCCCCAAAAACGGCUGCCGGCAUAUGCCGUCCCCUGCGACCGCUGCGCGGAGCCCAGGGCCGCCGUCAAGACGUGUCUGGUGUGCAUGGCGUCGUUCUGCGAGGCGCACCUGAAACCCCACGACACUCAACCUAAGCUGAAGAGCCACGAGCUGAUCGCGCCCACCGGAGACCUCAGCCAGAAGAUCUGUCCCGAGCACAAAUACCUGCAAGAGUUUUUCUGCCGCUCCUGUCAGAUGUACGUGUGCUGGCUGUGCACCAGCAACCAGCACAAGGGCCACGAGAGCGCGUCCACGCAGACAGAGCGCAACGAGAAGCAGAAAGAGCUGGGCCCAGUCCUGUCUGAGAACCAACAGAGACUCCAGGACAGAGAACGAGAGCUCAAAGAUAUGAAGAAAGUUUUAGACACACUCACGCGCUCCUCAGACGCGGCGAAAGAGGAGACAGAAGCGGUCCUCUCUGAGCUCCAGGAGUCAGUGCGGAGGAUGCUGCAGCUGCUCCAGGACGUGAUGCUCUCUGCCGGACAGGAGAAGCUCAAUGAGGCCCAGGACGUGGUCACCAAACUGGAGGCUGAAGUCAAACAGCUGAAGAAGAAAGAUGCCGAGUUGAAAGAUAUUAUCAACUGUCAGGACAAUAUUUACUUCCUGAAGACGUACCAGUCUCUAUGUUCCCCUCUGGAAGGGGUGGAGCUGGGGGCCAUAACCCCGAACCCGGAAGCCACGUUUGAUCCUGUGAGAAACAUCGUUGCCCAACUCAGAGAGAAAGUGGAGGAGAUGUGUGACCAAGAGCUAGACAAGAUUAACAAGACAGUUUACAACAUCACAGCGCUUACAGUGGCUGACCAACAAAAGACGGGAGGAAUUAUGAAACUGUUCUCUGCAAAGGGCUCAAAAGCUACUCGUGCUCAAGGACCCUCACCAUUGCCGUCAGUAAGCACACGAGGAUCAUGUACAGGUGUAACCAAACGCACACAAGCCGUAAGAAACAAUGAACCACGAGUUAACAGAGCAGUCACAAACUCUCCACGACCAGAACGGCCCAUGAGAGAGGAUAGAGAUGACCCUGACAGAAGUCAAACUUUAAUGAGAGCAAGAGAGACACAGAGAAGAAAUGAACAAGAACAUAAUGAUGCAGCAGACACACGGAGUUUAAGUUCAGUAAGAUUAAGAGGUCGACAGAGUCCAGAACAGAAAGUUCAGGAAAGAGAAAAUCAGGCAUCUCCAAGACGUCAAAGCACCCAAAGUAGAGUCAACCGUGAUGAAGAACAAGCUGACAGCUGGAGUAUCAGUUCAUUCGGAACUAGACAAGGACAGCUGGGAGAAGAGAAGGAACAAGUCCCAGCGGACCGCUGGAGUUUAAAUUCACUCAGAACGAGACAAAGAAGAGGCGACAGAGAACAAGACAACAGAGAGACACAGAACUCACAACACAAAACAAACACAACAGCCAGACAACAACCCGAUAGACAAUCUGACAGAUGGAGUCUGAGCUCUCUGCUACCUAAGAACAGGAAGAAGCGACAGGACACGGUAAAAGAGGCCACACCCACUAUAAAGGAGGAGACAUCAAUUCCUCGUAGACUCUCCUCUGCCAGCGCCUGGGGGGUGCCAACAGAAGUGAAUCCUGGUCUCUUCAUGGACUUGCCUAGUAAGGAACCAAUGAUGAACCCAGCUUUUCCCACAUUGAGAGAAAUUAACAUUGACAGCAUUCAGGCUGCGGAGCCCAGAACCAGAGAUGAGAUCCUACAAUACGCGUGCGAUUUGACGCUGGAUCCCACCACUGCUCAUCGGCGUCUAGUUCUCUCCGAAGGAGACACCGUAGCUACCCUACACCAGACAUCUCUGGGCUACCCUGACCUCCCCAAGCGCUUUGACAGCUGGACUCAGGUGCUCUGUCUCCAGCCCCUCUCUUUUGAACGCUGCUACUGGGAGGUGGAAUGGAGGGGGCGUGGCUCCUCUCUGGGCGUGGCCAGCAGCAGCAUGGCUCGUAAAGGGGCGGAUGCGGGGGCAGGCUUGGGAUACAACAACCAUUCGUGGAGCUUGGAACUGUCAGACAUGUGCUGUGCAGCCAUGCAUGCCAAUCACAAAAUAGAGGUGCCUGUGAUCUAUUCCCCCCGCGUGGGGGUGUUUCUGGACCGAACCGCAGGAACUCUGGGAUUCUACAGCGUGGAUGACAGUCUUGUUCCAAUACACACGUUUCAUGCCACAUUUCCACCCCAGCUGUUUGCUGCGUUCGGGGUGGGCUGCGGAGUGGGGGUCGGGCUGGAUUUCGCAAUGGGACAGUUUAGCUCGACAUCAGACAGCAUUAAAAUCUGCCCAUUGUGAAUGACGGUUAUAUUUUAGCACAACAAUAUACAAAAGCGACUUCAUUUGGGAAAUAUUGGUAACACUUUAAAAUAAGGUUCUAUUUCAAGAGUUUGGUGAUGAGAUUUGAGAUUAUAUGAGAAAAAUUGAUUUUACCAAAAAAAUUAUAUGCAAGUGAUUAUCUACCAAAUAAUGUUGGUUUGUUUUGAUUUAAGCCAUAAUAACAAAAAAAUACAGCUGACACAAUAAAACAAAAAAAAAACAUGAUAACAAUAAAGCAUAUUUUUUACUUAAUUUGUAAAUUAAUUAACUACUUUAGUCAACAUUAACUAACAAAACUUCUGCAGCAUUUAAUAAUCUUUAAACAUUACCUACAACGUGUAAUACAUGUAUGUCAAAGCUGUCCUUCUGAAACCUUGUAUCUCCAAAUUCAUUGUUUUUCAGGAAAUGCGUAAAACACAGACGUUUUUAAAUGAUCCAAGUCGACAAUCACUUUUUAAUACUUUUUUGUUGUUUAGAUAUUAGGUAAACCAGUGACAAAUAGAAAGGAUGUCUUAUAAAAAUGAUUUAUUUCAAAAACUGAAAAUCAUGAAAUAUGGAGGUACAAGAUUUCAUAAGAACAGCAGUGAUAUUACAAAUAAACAACUUUGUUUGUUAGUUAAGGCACAAUUAUUAACUAACUUUAAGAAAUAAUAAAUGCUGUAAAAAUAUAAAAUAUAUGUUGUUUAUUUUUAGCUAAGGUUGGGAUGGAAGCUUAUUGCUUUAAGUGUUACCAGUUAUUUUUGCAUAAUAAUUAUAUUUAGAUCCUACAAGAUGUAUUGCAUUGUUGAAAAUGAAAUGGGCAAGGAAAUAUUGCACAAACAAAAAUGUACGUUUUUUAUUUUGUUCAUGCAAUAUAUCUGCAGUUGGGGGGGUAUCCAGGACAGGGAUUAAUUUAAACCAGGACUAGGUUUUAGUAAAAUAAGGACAUUAAAGGAGUUUUUACAAACAUGCCUCACAAAAAAAACAUCAGUUGUGUUCAUUUAGAGAUGGAACAAUGUCACUUAUGUAUUUUAGGAUAUAUCAGAGCAGGUUGUUAUUAUUUUAGACACCUCUAACAUUUAUUUUAGUCUAGGACUAGUCUUGAUCCCUGUCCGGGAAACAGCC